AAUCUGCAUCCCGCUGCCCGUGGCUUCCUAUCCUUUGCUUCUAUUUUCACCAGGAAAAAGUGGCCGAGUGGCUGGUUGUGGCUUGGCGCAAAGCACAGCAACAGGGUUCUUCUCAUGACGAAAGGUUUGUUUCCUCUUCCAGAAGUUCCAGCAUCACUGACAUCUGGUGAGUUCCCAAGCCCAGUAGGCCAACAUGAGUGUCACAUCAGCCCCAAUAACCCCGGUAAUUAUCUUUUAAUUCUGUCGUUUCAGUAUAUCGUUUAUUAAACUAAUCCAUUCAUCAUAGGAGGCUUUUCUGGUAGCAAUCAAAGAACUCGAGCUGGAACAGCUCCACGCGGAAGCUGCUCGCCUGCAAAAUUCACUUUACCAUCUGGCUCGCUCAAACGUAGCGCUGCAGGAAUUCCAAAGCGACCCAGAACUCAAGGAAGCAAUCGCCGACAACGAAAUCACCAUUCAACGUCAAAAGCAAAGAGUCCAGAUGAUUAUCGAAGAAAUCCAAAGAAGAGGUUUCCCGACGGACCACGUUGUUUUGGGGAAUGGUGUUGAUGCCAUAAAUGGUGAAGGGAAGAUUGCGGAUACCCGAGCGAGGGGAGAGCAGGAGGGGGAGGGGGAGAUGCAUGCGGAUGACCAGGGGGACGGGGGUGUCUACUUAUGAUUUUCUGACCCGAAACAAUUGUUGGGUUUGAGUUACUAUGUGCCUUAAUCGUGGUAACUGUGCAAGUCGAAACGGAUUUCUCCAACCUUAUAAGCGGAAAGCAAUUGACGGGCAUUCGAUUUGUGAAUUGACUGAGUCCAACUAUCGAGAUUUUUUGUCUCUGAUUGUUGUUGUAGCCGUAGCUAACGCCAACAGAUUUCUCGUACCAAUCAUGUUUGACCCAUCCCCUGAAAUCGGAUGCUCCCUUGACUGAUGUGCAACACCUUGGCCUACCGUAUGACAAGCGGCUCACUCAGUCAGUGCCCACCGUAGACUACCGU